AUGAAUAUUGUGACUUGUGUUUGCCGUUUGGUGAAUACGCUGGAAAUGCAAGUGAUGACGCUCGUCAGUAUGCCGUACGAAGGCAUUCAGACGAAAACUCUUUUCAUAGACUGGACCAAAGGAUGCGAUCAACUGGUCGUUUGGAUCUUUUACCAAGGGAACUUGGUCGGUCCAGAGUCAAAUUGGAUCCCGGGGAUGGUCGAAUUGUUUCCCGGCGGUCAGAUUAGAGAGGUUGUGCUUGUGUUCUGUCAAUUGUCGAAACUGGAGAACAAAGGAAUCGAGUGUGGUAGCGUGAGGACGCAGAAAAAAUUAGCGUCAUAUUCCGAAGACCAAACCUUGCUCAUAUGGGUGACCAAGCAGUCCCAGAUGGGGACCUGUCUCGAAAUGAGGGCACACUUAUCCCCAAUCCGGUGCCGGGCCUUCUCCCCCCAAGGCAACCAGAUACUAACAGGAUCCAACGACAAGUCAAUCAAACUAUGGUCGGUAACACGCAAACAACUACUGAAAUCAUUUGUGGGGCACACUAGUUGGGUCCGCAGUCGCCAAUAUGCGCCAGACGGCCAGAAAAUUGUCUCAUGUGCUGACGACCAAACUGUCCGCUGCGGAUGUGUUGUUUGGUGUUGUCGGGUUUGUGGUUUCAAACCAACGUAAUAUGGCCGUCAAAAGUAGCAGUUCUGCUACAUCAUUGAGGCAAAUAAUUUAGCCAAAAAUACCGUAAAGUGUUUACACCACAGCAGUGAUAAUUGCGAAUUUAGUGAAUUUGGACCUAUCGGUGUAAAAAAUCCGACCGGGGAUGAAGAUAACAGUGCGAAAUCUCUAUCAAAAAAAUUUCAUUAUUCACAUAGAGCCGUCUAAAACGGUAGGCAUUUUCCCCCCCGAAAAUUCCUUUUAAUCAAA